ACGCCCCUCCGUGGAAGUGACGCCAACGGAAGCAGGAAGGCGGUUCCCGCAAGCCAAGGGGGCGUUGUCGGGAUGGUUCCGCGGCCAGCGGAUCGCUGCGAGUGGCCUUGAAGGAGCUGCUGCAGGUGAAGAGUAGGCGGCGGGGCAGAGAGCGGCCUCCGAGGGUCACUCGAAUGGUUGAGCAUGGACCCUGUUGCUACCCACAGCUGCCAUCUCCUCCAGCAACUGCAUGAGCAGCGAAUCCAAGGCCUGCUUUGUGACUGUAUGUUGGUGGUAAAAGGAGUCUGCUUUAAAGCGCAUAAGAAUGUCCUGGCAGCAUUCAGCCAGUAUUUUAGGAGCCUCUUUCAGAAUUCUUCAAGCCAGAAGAAUGAUGUUUUUCACUUGGAUGUUAAAAAUGUCAGUGGCAUAGGGCAGAUCCUGGACUUCAUGUACACUUCUCAUCUAGAUCUUAACCAGGACAAUAUACAAGUAAUGCUGGACACAGCACAGUGUUUGCAAGUUCAAAAUGUUCUGAGUCUGUGUCACACAUUUUUAAAAUCAGCCACUGUAGUACAGCCACCUGGCAUGCCUUGUAAUAGUACAUUGUCUCUACAAAGCACCCUGACCCCAGAUGCCACUUGUGUUAUCAGUGAAAACUACCCCCCUCAUUUACUGCAGGAAUGUUCAGCAGAUGCACAGCAGAAUAAAACGUUGGAUGAAUCACAUCCGCAUGCGUCACCAUCAGUUAAUCGUCAUCAUUCCGCAGGUGAAAUCUCAAAACAAGCUGCUGAUACUUCAGACGCCAGCUGCACAGAACUGCCUUUCAAACAGCCAAAUUACUAUUACAAACUCAGAAACUUUUACAGUAAGCAGUACCAUAAACACGCAGCUGGUCCCAGUCAGGAGAGAGUUGUUGAGCAGACUUUUGCUUUCAGCACCUCUACAGACCUUACCACAGUGGAGAGCCAGCCUUGUGCUGUCAGUCAUUCUGAAUGCAUCCUGGAGUCUCCCGAGCACUUACCUUCCAACUUCCUGGCCCAGCCUGUGAAUGACUCUGCCCCACACCCUGAGUCAGACGCCACAUGCCAACAACCUGUCAAGCAGAUGAGGCUCAAAAAGGCCAUUCAUCUGAAGAAGCUCAAUUUCCUGAAGUCACAGAAAUCCGCAGAGCAAGUAUCUGAACCCAAGUCGGAUGAUGGUUUGACAAAGAGGUUGGAAUCUGCUAGUAAAAAUACCCUAGAGAAAGCUAGCAGCCAAAGUGCUGAAGAAAAAGAAAGUGAAGAAGUCAUCAGUUGUGAGAAUUUUAAUUGCAUUAGUGAGACGGAGAGGCCUGAAGACCCGGCUGCCCUGGAAGACCAGUCCCAGACACUUCAGUCCCAGAGACAAUACGCGUGUGAAUUAUGCAGGAAACCUUUUAAACACCCAAGCAACUUGGAGCUUCACAAACGGUCUCAUACAGGUGAGAAACCUUUUGAAUGUAACAUUUGUGGGAAACAUUUCUCUCAGGCAGGUAACUUGCAGACUCACUUACGACGGCAUUCUGGUGAAAAACCAUACAUCUGCGAGAUCUGUGGAAAGAGGUUUGCAGCCUCUGGCGACGUCCAGCGUCACAUUAUUAUUCACUCAGGAGAAAAACCACACUUGUGUGACAUCUGUGGUCGAGGGUUUAGUAACUUCAGUAAUUUGAAGGAGCACAAAAAGACACACACGGCUGAUAAAGUCUUCACCUGUGAUGAGUGUGGAAAGUCUUUUAAUAUGCAAAGGAAGUUAGUAAAGCACAGAAUUCGGCACACGGGGGAGCGGCCUUACAGCUGCUCUGCCUGCGGGAAAUGUUUUGGGGGAUCAGGUGACCUCCGCAGGCAUGUCCGCACUCACACUGGGGAGAAGCCGUACACAUGUGAGAUCUGUAACAAGUGCUUUACCCGCUCUGCGGUGCUCCGGCGGCACAAGAAGAUGCACUGCAAAGCUGGUGACGAGAGCCCAGAUGUGCUGGAGGAGCUCAGCCAAGCCAUCGAGACCUCCGACCUCGAGAAAUCUCAGAGCUCAGACUCUUUCUCCCAAGACACGUCUGUGACGCUGAUGCCAGUGUCGGUUAAACUCCCUGUCCACCCAGUGGAAAAUUCUGUGGCAGAAUUUGAUAGCCACUCUGGCGGCUCCUAUUGUAAGUUACGGUCCAUGAUCCAACCUCAUGGAGUUAGUGACCAGGAGAAGCUGAGUUUGGAUCCUGGUAAACUUGCCAAGCCCCAGAUGCAGCAGACACAGCCUCAGGCCUAUGCUUACUCGGAUGUGGACACCCCAGCCGGUGGCGAACCACUGCAGGCCGAUGGCAUGGCCAUGAUCCGUUCCUCUCUGGCUGCUUUGGACAACCACGGCGGUGACCCCCUGGGCAGUCGAGCAUCUUCCACCACUUAUAGGAACUCAGAGGGUCAGUUUUUCUCCAGCAUGACUCUCUGGGGGCUAGCGAUGAAGACGCUGCAGAAUGAAAAUGAGUUAGACCAGUGAUGUACCGCGCUUCUCCACGGUAGAGGCUUGUUCUCAGUUUAGCAGGCUGGUGUUAAGGCUGUAGGAGGACCCAGUUUCCCCAUGAUAGUUCCUUCUAACUAGCCAGAGAAUAGGUAGCUUCCCUCCGAUGAUGGCUCAUAAUCUGAAGCAUCUUGAGUUGGGGGUUUGAGGGGGAGGGUCUGCUGGCUCACCAUGAGGCAGCCGCAGGAGGGAGCGCUGACGUCACAGAAGCGAAGGCUUGAUGCUGUCUCAGCAGCUUCAGCUGUCGGGGGGAAGCGCGUGUGCACUGUGUCAACUACUGUACAUGUUGGUCAUGUGAAAGGAAUUAUAUAUGUAUAGUAUUACAAGUAUUUUUGCAUUUUUACAAGAUUGAAAUCUGUAGCAUUUUGUAUUAUUUACACAAUUUAUUUGUAUAUGAAACUCAUACCAUAAUUUAAUUCGAAUAAAUGAAACUUUUCUAUAUA